AUGCUGGAGCUGGGCUCAUGUUCUGAAACUGAGGCCGACAUCCAAGACAAGCCACGGCAGAUUUGUAUAGGACAGGUGCCACUGGAGGUGGUGAACAAGGCUCGGGCAUCUUUUAAUCGUGUGGAGCUCACGAAGAGCUCUAUGAUUGCAGUAAGUCCCCAAGAGAGACUUGCCUUAGCUCAUGAGACUGAGGUUGGUGAGGUGAGCGACAGUGCCAGCUGCGGGGCAAGUGGUGGGGCUACCGGAGGGCUGGGCGAGGCGAGCAGCGGCAACGUUCCACUUUCCGGGAGCAACAGUCUUAAACAAAGUGCUGCACCGGCAUUGGAUGGUGACAUUCGAAAGAUGAUGAAGUCUGCAAAGGUUCAAUGUCUGGAUGAUGCAGUGGCCGAGUUCUUCUACAUUGAAAAUAUCCCUUUCAACACCAUUCGAAGGCCAAAUCUGAGGAAGUUGCUUCAAGCUGCUAUCGACUUCAGCCCUGGAGCUCUUGCACAGAUGAUGGGAUAUGAGAAGCUGCGGAGUACACAGCUAAAGAAGCUUUAUGAUAGUGUCAAUGCUCGACUUGAUCCAAUCUGUGAGGGGUGGAGAAGAUAUGGAGUUAGCAUUGUCACUGAUGGCUGGUUUGACAACUGUAGCCAAUCCUUGAUCAACUUCAUGGCCUCCAACGUCCAGGGUUCGGUUUUCUUGAAGUUUGUAGAUUCCGAGGGCAGAACAAAGAUGGGAGAGUGGAUUUGGGUCGAGUUGAAGAAAGUGAUUCAAAAAGUUGGUGAAGAAAAUGUUGUUCAAGUGAUCACUGACAAUGCAUCAAACUAUGUGCAAAUGGGAGAACUCAUGACAGCUAAGUAUCCUCACAUUCUCCACAGCCGGUGUGUGUGCCAUGUCUUGGACCUUCUCUUCGAAGACAUCGGGAGCUUGUCGUGGGUACAACCACUAGUGAAAGGCUGCAACGAGGUGGUAACUUUUAUCACCAAAAAACCUCGUGUUUUGGCUUUGUUUCGGAAGCUGAGCAAUCAGGAUCUCAUCAAGCCGGUGAGCACAAGGUUCACUUACAUGUUUCUAGUGAUGUCUCAGCUCCUAAAUCUAACGACCUUGGAGGCAUUGAAGGAGAUGGUUGUGAGCUCCGAGUGGCGGCGAUUGGACGUCACAAAGACCGCCAAAGCCCAGCGCAUUCAAACUCGGAUCUUAGAAGAGACUCUAAACUCUUUUUGGACUAGGUGCCAGCACUUGUUGGUGCUGCUUGGACUGCUCCUCAAGGUCUUGAAGCUUGUGGACUGGGAGGGGGCAACUUCCAGUCUCAUUUUCGAGGCUAUGGACCGGAUGAAUGAGAAGCUUUCAGAGGCUGUUGAGACUGGGAUUUUAGCCGAGGAAGAGGUUGAGGAGAUCAACAGGUUCAUGAUGGAGGAUCAUGGCGAGGGAGGCCAGAAAGCAGCUCGUUGGUUCCAGAUGCAUUCGAUCUUGCAUGGAGCUGCUUUUGUUUUGAACCCAACUUUUCUUCAUCUCCCUCUCGACCAAGAGGCUCAGGAAGAUUUUGUGGAGUACCUAAAGUUGUAUUGCAAAGGAGUGUGA